AUGGCGGCUACACUUGCUUCUCUAUUUGGAUACAAACCAAAUAACCUUGCGCAAAAUAAGCUUCCAAAUGAGCCACCUAAGGCUCUACCGGCCUCUUGGUACUGCACACCAGAGAUGUAUGAAUUGGAGCGACGGGCUAUCUUCUCAAAGCUGUGGAUUUUGAUCACUCACAAGAUCCGUUUCACAAAGCCCGGCGACUUCCUACGAUUCCAUGAAGCUGGAUUCUCCUUUUUCUUGUGCCUCGAUCGGGAGGGCAAUAUAAAUGGCUUUCACAAUAUUUGUCGACACCGCGCAUUCCCGCUUGUUUCAGAAGACGAGGGAAACAUCAGGAUUCUCUCCUGCAAAUACCAUGGAUGGUCAUACGGUCUGAACGGAAAGCUCGCCAAGGCUCCGCGAUUUGACGAUAUACCUGGGUUUAACAAAGAAGACCAAAGAUUAUUUCCCGUGCAUGUGCACGUCGAUACACUGGGAUUUAUCUGGGUGAAUCUCGACUCUUCACCAAAUCCUGUACCUUGGGAAGACGCCUUCAAAGGUGUCGACACUCAAGAACGGUUCCGAAAGUUUGAUUUCAGCAAGUACAAGUUUGACCACACAUGGCAUAUGGACGGGGAUUAUAAUUGGAAAACACUCGCGGACAACUACAACGAAUGUUAUCACUGCACAGUCGCACAUCCUGAUGUGGCAAACCUGGCGGAUCUCUCAUAUUAUCAUACAGUCUCCACACCUGGGCAUAUACAGCAUUUUUCUCGACCGAAGGAGGAUAGAGUGGAUCAGGAUAUUCAAAAUGCAAGCACUUAUUACUUCCCAAAUGCUUGUAUGACAGUCUCGUGGGUCUUUCGUGCUCCUGGGUAG